UUGGAAGAAACAUUUUCCUAUUCAGAUGGGCACAUUUGGUUGUAUGAGUCGUCUCGUGGUUGCGCCAAUCACUUUGCCUCUGGAGCAUCAUACCUGGUUACGUUUUUCAAUCGAAUUCAACGUCUUCUCGAAGUAGGUGUUCGGCCCGUCGUUGUAUUCGACAAGAUUACAGCUGAUUUUCAUAGUAGAGUUCUUCAUAUUGCAUAUGUGAUAUCAUCCCUAGCAACUCACCAACUUUUGAAUCAUAUGGGUGUUCCUGUUAUUAUGGGUGGUUCAGACGGUGAAGCACAGUGUGCCGAGUUAGAGAGAGCAGGUCUAGUCGAUGGCUGUAUCACUUCUGACUUUGAUUUCUUUUUGUAUGGCGGGAGAAAUCUUUACAAGAAUCCCACAUCUCUUGUCUUUCCAUUCCACUCAGGUUUAACAAGGAAUCGGCUUGUUGCAUUAGCACUUUUACUUGGUUGCGAUUAUUUGCAAGGAGGUGUGAAUCGUGUUGGAAUUGUCACGGCAAGGGAAAUAAUUUCGGAGUUCUCAAUCAAUGACGACGACCAUGCGCUGACGAUCCUGGAUCGAUUCGGGAGUUAUUUUCGUGGAGAAAUUCCUUCGCGUGUGAGUGAUAGCAAUGUCAAAAAGAAGUUACGAAAGGCGAAGAUCGUACUUCCGGAAGGCUUCCCAAAUGCUGACAUUUUCAUGUGGGUUUUCGACACCUAA